AGGGUUCCACGUUCCUCCAGAUGGGUGCAUCACUGGAACAGCAGAUUGUCUGCAUGUUCAAGUUGAUGGAGGAGUAUGACUGGGGAGACUUUGUAGUCAUCACAAGCAUGUUGCCGGGAUACGAGACAUUUGUGGACUAUGUACGCUCCUACACGGACACUUCCUACUUCCUGUGGAGGCUGCAGGAUAUCCUGUCUCUGGAGAUGUCUAUCGGGACCAGCGACGUCCGCGCCAAACGCAUGUUACAGCAGAUUGAUUCCCAGGUACUCGUAGCCUACUGCUCCCAUGAAGAGGCCCAGUACCUGUUCCAGGUAGCAGGGGAGGUGGGUCUAUUGGGGCCUGGCUACAUCUGGAUCCUCCCCUCCCUCGCGUUGGGCAACACAGAGAGCCCUUCACCUAGCAGCUUCCCCAUAGGAGUGAUUGGCGUCAUCACCGACCAAUGGAGGAAGAGCCUGAGGCAGCGGGUCAGAGAGGGAGUGGCCAUAGUGGCCAAAGGGGCGGAGAGUUUCAAGAGGCAUCAGGGGUUUGUUCCCGAGGGACACAGCGACUGCAACACACCAGUUACACACAUUGACAACAACACACUGUUCAGACACAUGCUGAACGUGACAUGGGAGCGUAAGGACCUGUCGUUUAAUAGUGAUGGUUACCUGACAAACCCUUCCAUGGUCAUCAUCGCUUUGAACAGAGACAGACAGUGGGACAAGGUGGGGACAUUAGAGCGGGGUAUCCUCCAGGUGCGUUAUCCGGUGUGGCCUCGAUAUGGUAGUUUCCUCGAGCCGGUAUCAGAUGAUCGCCACCUGACGGUAGCCACUCUGGAGGAGAGGCCCUUCGUCAUCGUAGAGAACGUGGACCCCGACACGGGAACCUGUGUACGCAACACCGUGCCCUGCCGACGCCAGUCCAACCGCACCGAGAGUCUUGUGGGUCACUCGGAGCCCUACACCAAGCUGUGCUGUAAGGGGUUCUGCAUAGACAUUCUGAAGAAGCUGUCUCGCACCAUCAAGUUCUCCUACGACCUCUACCUGGUCACUAACGGGAAACAUGGAAAGAUGAUCAGCGGCAUCUGGAACGGCAUGAUCGGAGAGGUGUUCUACAGGAAAGCAGACAUGGCCAUAGGUUCUCUCACCAUAAAUGAGGAGCGUUCUGAGAUCAUCGACUUCUCCGUGCCAUUCGUCGAGACCGGCAUCAGCGUCAUGGUUGCCCGUAGCAAUGGGACUGUCUCCCCCUCCGCCUUCCUCGAGCCCUAUAGCCCAGCGGUGUGGGUGAUGAUGUUUGUAAUGUGCCUGACCGUGGUAGCUGUGACCGUAUUCGUGUUCGAGUACUUCAGUCCUGUCGGCUACAACCGCAGCUUGGUCAGCGCUAAAGCGGCAGGAGGUCCUACCUUCACCAUAGGGAAGUCAGUGUGGUUGCUUUGGGGCAUCGUGUUCAAUAACUCAGUCCCCAUCGAGAACCCUAAAGGAACCACCAGUAAGAUCAUGGUGCUGGUGUGGGCCUUCUUCGCGGUCAUCUUCCUGGCCUCCUACACCGCCAACCUGGCUGCCUUCAUGAUCCAGGAGCAGUACAUAGACACUGUGUCUGGACUGUCUGACAAGAAGUUCCAGAAGCCUCAGGAACACUACCCUCCAUUCCGGUUUGGGACGGUCCCUAACGGCAGCACAGAGAGGAACAUCAGGAGUAACUACCCCGACAUGCACGCACACAUGGUCAAAUACAACCAGAAAGGAGUGGAGGAUGCCCUCAACAGCCUUAAGACAGCGAAGCUGGAUGCUUUUAUCUAUGAUGCUGCGGUGUUGAACUACAUGGCAGGGAAGGACGAGGGCUGUAAGCUUGUGACUAUUGGCUCUGGGAAGGUGUUUGCUACAACGGGCUAUGGUAUCGCCCUGCAGAAAGACUCUCGAUGGAAACGACCAAUUGACCUGGCCUUAUUGCAGUUCCUGGGAGAUGGUGACACCCAGCGCUUGGAGACAGUCUGGCUGUCAGGCAUCUGUCAGAAUGAGAAGAACGAGGUGAUGAGCAGUAAGCUGGACAUAGACAACAUGGCCGGGGUCUUCUACAUGCUGCUGGUGGCCAUGGGGCUCAGUCUGCUGGUGUUCUCCUGGGAACAUCUACUCUACUGGAAACUUCACAAGGAACUAGACAAAUCUCCCAGGAUGGACUUCCUGCUCGCCAUCAGCAGGGGUAUCUACAGUUGCUUCAACGGGGUGGAGGAACCAGACCUCCCUAACCUGGCCAACCCAGACCUGACAGCUAACUAUGCCCAGGCUAACAUGCUCAAGAUGCUACGCACUGCUAAGGACCUGGUUAACUCCGCCCAAGUCGAGACCUCACUGGACCACGCCUCCAAGACCAUAGAACACUGGGGACGCCAUGGCGGCAGCCUGCCAGUCCACAUUCCGCAGCAAGGCACCACGGAAACAGUCCCGGGAGGGUUCGCUUAUGUCACAGAGAAUACACACCUGCCCCCCGAGCGCCCCCUCAGCCCACAAUACUGCACGCUGGGUGUAGUGACAUCUGUGAACCAGCAGAGGGGGCUGGCGAGACCCACACCGCUACGAUACACGCUCCCGGCUCGUACUUCUUCUCUCUACGACAGGCCACUUCCUGUUUCUAGUCUCAUUUGCCCUCACCUUGACCUGGCUGGGGGGGACCGCCUCUCUUCUUAUCCUCACCCCUCCACAGGUAGGCUCUAUGUGGAACCCCAACACCUUUCCCACCCCCGCUCUCCCUUCAUCCCCUAUAGUGAGCUCCAGCUCCCAGACAUCUACCUCUCCUCUCACCCACCCUCUGCUGUCUCCCAUCCCCCCCACACAGAGCCCUCCAAGAGGAAGAGGAGGAGCAAGAGCCUCCUCUCAGGGGAGACAGGAAGAGGAGGAGGACAGAGGAGGCGGCGCAGGGAGGAGAAGACGGUGUGCCUGGCUGAACUCCGGGCCAACCACCUCCAGGAAAACCAUGUCUCGCCCCACAUGCCUGACUCCCUGUACCCAGGAGCGGUGCUCUGUCCUGGGGAAGAGGGAUGCGGUGGCUCCUGGCCUCUUCCUCUGGAGGAGCUCGUCCUAGCAGGCAGACGGCGGCGCCACCGACGGCCAUCUUUCCUUCGAGCCACCUGGGGCAGCGAGCAGAUUCGCCAGCCGGACGAUACUCCGCCUACAUCCCUCGAUAGCCAAUCACAUUCUGCUUUACCAGACUUAUUUCCCCGCGUCAUGGUCGACCAAGAAACUCCCACUAAACUCUACAACCCCACCCCGUUCCGGAACAACCUAUGCUAUCCUGCCGCCUCACCCCGCCAACAUGCCUAUCUUCAUAUAAGGCAGGACCAGAGGAAAGGAAACUCACGUAAGAAGCUGCGGCACUCACACUCCACCCACCUCCCCACCUACAGGGAGGCCGUGCUGGGGGGCCAGGGAGGGGGAGGUGGGGUAGGCCUGGGGGUGGUCCGGAGAACCACCAGCCUGCUCAGCAGACAGUACAAUGACUAUCUAACCUCCUACCCUGGGCUGCCUCUAUACCACAGCCCCCUCAACUUCCAGACCCAUUCCCCGGCGUCCAGCAACCACCCCAGCCCCGGUACAUACCGUAUCCCCAGCCCUGUAUGCCAGCUCCUGGCCUGUGGAGGUGGCUGUCGAAGUCAGAGGGGGUUGUUGUACCAGGACAGUCUGUAUGGAGCCUAUGGAGGGGCCCAGGAUCCGGACAUAGAGCCCCAGAGAGGAGAGGGCUUGGUAGGGUUGAGGUCUGAGGACAGACCCUGUGUGACUCGGCCCUGGGGAAAAGUCUCUAGUCUGGAGUCAGAGGUCUGAGAGAGACAGACAAACACUACAUACUUUAUAGACUGGAAUGUAUACUGUAGAAUAUAUGGUUGGAAUUCCACAUUGAAGAUUUGUGAUCCACAGGGACCGUUUCAGAGGGGGGUGGGAUACUUCUCAUACACCGAAUCAGGUACGAGAAGGAUAUGUGCAGUAAAGGAGGGAAGCUGAGGGUUAGGAUUAAUUUGAUAGGUUGGACAGUUGAACUUCCUUCUUUCUUAUUGAAGAGAUAACGUAGAGUGUUUGACUGAAUGUUAAGUGGCCAUUUUGGAAUAAGCAUGAAACUGAAAGGAUGUGUAGUGGAACACACCGUUCUGCAGCUAGCUCAGCCUAGCACGGUGACGUCCCCUUUCACCAAACAGUCAGCAUGCUGCGUACAGAGUUCCUACUGCAAACAAAUAGAGAACAUAGGAAGGGGGUAAAAUGGGGGCGUUUUGGAGAGUGUGUUGGAGAGGAUGGAAAGGACAUUUUACUUGCGCUGCUUUGAAACAUUAUAUUCCUGUGAUUUGUGCAUUAUAUUAUGAUAUACUAUAUAUAAUAUAUAUAUAUUAAUAUAUAUUAGUCAUAUAUAAUACCACGAUGUACAGAGUCCAUAGUGUUGCUGUCUGGGACAAAUGUGUCUCAGAGAGCUGUGUGUGUGUGUGUGUUGUCAGUCCUUGCCCGGGUUGUUUCCGAGCCACUGAGCCGAACGAGAGAGGAACAAGUCUUCAGUUCUCCAUCUAAGCAAAAAAUAUAUGAUCUCACAACCAUAUACACUUAGAAAUAACAAAUAUUCCAGAUAGCUGAAACUGUUGACUGCCGUGUACAAGGCCAUGGCAACCAAGCUACUGCAUGUCUAUAAGUAAGAGUACAAUUAAUGUAUCUGGAGAAGAAUUGCAAUAAAGAUGUUGUAGAAGCAUAAGGAAGGAUCAGUCCAUAUGAACACACUCUGUAUGUUUAUAAGGAAUACAGACAGCUGGCCAACCGAGUGACGCAGCAGUCUAAGGCUCUGUUGCAGCGUCACUACUGCCUGGGGUUCGAUUCCAGGCUGUGUCUCAACCGCCCGUGACCGGGAGUCCCAUAGGGCGGUGCACAAUUGCCCCAGCAUCGUCCGGGUUAGGGGAGGGUUUGGCUGGGGGGGCUUUCUUGGCUCAUCGCGCUCUAGCGACUCCUUGGGGCAGGCCGGGUUCCUCCAGGCUGACUUUAGUCAUCAGCUGGACGGUGUUUCCUCCAACACAUUGGUGCGGAUGACUUCCGGGUUAAGCUGGCAGGGUGUUAAGAAGCGUGGUUUGGCGGGUAAUGUUUCAGAGGACGCAUGAUUCGACCUUCGACUCUCCCCUGGGCCCGUUGGGGAGUUGGAAUGAUGAGACAAGAUUGUAAUAUCACCAGAUUGGGGAGGGAAAGGGGGUAAAAUGACAAAAUAAAGAAGGAAUAUGGACAGUUAAGUGUCUGUCUACAGUGUAAUACAAAGAAUUCAGCUGUAGAAGUGAUCCUAGCGUAGAUGCUGAUCUACGGUCAGUUUUGUGUUCCUCCCUUAUGGUUAAGGCUAGUUCUCUGGGAUGGUAGGCUGAUGCUAGAUCUGUACCUACUCACAUCGGAUGAAUGAUUAAUUUACAUAAACACAUUCUAAUAGGGCUCUCAACAGAUUUAUAUUCUA